AUGGCUGACCUCAGUCUUGUAGAUGCGUUAACAGAACCGCCUCCAGAAAUCGAGGGGGAGAUUAAACGGGACUUCAUCGCCACGCUGGAGGCAGAGGCCUACGAUGAUGUCGUGGGAGAGACUGUCGGGAAAACAGACUACAUUCCCCUCCUGGAUGUUGAUGAGAAGGCGGGGAAUUCGGAGUCAAAGAAGAAACCAUGCCCAGAUCCUGGCCAGGUGGAAGGCGCUCCGUCCCCUAAAGCAGCGAUGCUGGCCAACGGUGACCACGGCCCCGGAGGGGAGGGCCCUGCAGCGUCUCCAACUGCCUUUCUUGAAGAGAAAAUGGCCUUCGAGGGAUAUCAGAACAACCAGAACUGGCCAGAAAACACAAACUUCUACUUUGAACCUGAGCAAGGGGUACAUCCUAUCCAGACUGAUCCCUUCCGGAUGCCCUGUGGUGACGGCCUGGAAGACCUGCUCUUCCUCCCCCGCGGAGCCAGCCACGCCCCCGCACCGACACAGUGGAGCAGCCCUGGGACAGACAGCGGUCAUCUUCUCCGAGACACAUUUACUCCUGAAGCGGUGGUACCUCAGGGCUGGCCUGUGGAAGCCCCCAACCUGUCCCCCGUGGGGGUCUUCAUUCCCCCAGGGGCCGCGCCGCCGCUGCAGCCCGCAGCAGGGCCAGCCGGGGAGGGAGACAGGGCAUCGGAAGGAGAGAGGGCAUCGGCCAGAGCCCUGGAGCUGAUGAUGGGCCUGCAGGCCACUGGCAUGGCACAUCCUGGAGGAACGGAGGUGGCCCUGGCUCAGGACCUGGCACCGGUCGCAGGAACAGAGGUGGCGUUGGCCAGAGACGUGGCAUCACCUACCGAAGAAGAUGUGUCGUUCGCCAAGAACACGGAACCAUCCACCGAGUCAGACAUGGCUGUAGACAUGGACGUGGUGCUCCCUGUAGAUUCCAAGGAAACCGCAGCCAAGGACGGAAUGCUAUUCAGUGAGACAGAGAGGGCACCUCCCUUCAACGUGGACGUGGCUCCAGCUGAAGGCAUGGGCUCACUCACAGAAAUGGAGAUGGCAUUGGCUAAGGACAUUGUAUCACCCACAGCCAAGGAGUUGGGCUUGUCCUCAGAAACAGAGGUGGCCCCGGGCAAGGAUCUGGCUCCGCCCCCGGAAACACAGGUGGCCCCGGGCAAGGACCUGUCUCCGCCCCCAGAAGCACAGGUGGCCGUGGGCAAGGACCUGGCUCUGCCCCCAGAAGCACAGGUGGCCCUGGGCAAGGACCUGGCUCCGUCCCCAGAAGCACAGGUGGCCCUGGGCAAGGACCUGGCUCCGUCCCCAGAAGCACAGGUGGCCCUGGGCAAGGACCUGGCUCCGUCCCCAGAAGCACAGGUGGCCCUGGGCAAGGACCUGGCUCCGCCCCCAGAAGCACAGGUGGCCCCGGGCAAGGACCUGUCUCCGCCCCCAGAAGCACAGGUGGCCCCGGGCAAGGACGUGGCUCCGCCCCCAGAAGCACAGGUGGCCCUGGGCAAGGACCUGGCUCCGCCCCCAGAAGCACAGGUGGCCCUGGGCAAGGAUGUGGCUCCGCCCCCAGAAGCACAGGUGGCCCUGGGCAAGGACGUGGCUCCGCCCCCAGAAACAGAGACUCCCCUGGCUAAGGAUGUUGUACCACCUUCCGAAGCAGAGGGGGCCCCAGUUCCAGCGAAGGACAUGGGAAUUGUGCGGACACCAGGAAAACUGAGUGAGGCUUUCCAGGUAGCGUCUCUCCAGGGCGAGGGGCCUUCAGCUGAACCUGCUUCCGUGAUCUCACCAGAACCGGGCACAGCCGGCAGCCAGACGUUCGCCGUGCCAACAGACGAGGCACCUGUGCCAGAGGACUCUGUGCAAAGGAAGCCUUUCAGCGGGCAGCCUCUGGAGCCUUCCACAGAGCCCACAGGUGCCCUUCCCUCACGAGCCAAGCAAGCGUGCAGACCCCGGGACCGAAGGGCUGCCCGGCCCCGGCCUGCCCGGGCUCCUCCCGAGCUGCUGGGAGGCUCUUCACGGAAGACUCUCGAUCCCGGGCUGGGCCCCUGCUCGGUGCCUGAGGCGGGCGGGGGCUCUGGCUCGUUCUCCUGUGUGGAGCCUGGGAGCCCAAGGAAAGCCCCUCCCCGGGACCUCCUUGAAACACAGAGGGACGCUGGCAGGGAGGCCUGGGAUGGAGACAGCACAGCAAUGAUGGCGAAGAAGAAGAAGAAGAAACCAAAGCAAAAGAGAUAUUCUCAGCCCCGGGCUGGGGGGCCUUGGGAUGAAGACAGCACAAAAGAGGCUGACGGCCACCCCUCCGCAGCUGACGCCCAGAAACCGGGUGUUCUCCCCAGCCAGCCUGCCACUGUGGGCGUGAAGUGCGGACUGGCCUCCAGAGAAAGCCCGAGAAGGGACUCUGGGAUCGAAUCCAGAACAGCCUCCCUGGCAGCGGGGAGCUUUGUCUGGGGAAGCCCCAGUGUUCCUUCCCGUCCUUCGGAAGUGCCCCCUGCAGCCCCAGGAAAUGCUCAGCUUGAGCUGAGCACAGAGGCAGAGGUCAAAGGUCACAAGUCAGAACCACAGAGCCAAGGCAGGGACUCCCUGCAGCAAGGUGAGUGCAGACCUCAGACUGCUCCCCGCCUGGCGAGCCCCGGGAGUGAAGGCCAGGCCGCAGGCCCUCUCGGACUAAAAGGGCCCCUGACAGAGGUUUCUGUCCGCAAAACCGAAGUUCCUUUGGAGGUCAGCGCCCAGGAGGACCAAGAGGCUAUGGGGCGAGUUUUAAAACCCACAGCAGCCAAAGAAUUGCCUAAUCCGACACACACUUUGACAGCCAAUAACCCACUGGAAAGCAGCCUGAAAGAAGGGAAUGAUGCAAGGACAAUGGCCACGCUGCAGAAGGACAGACAGACAGAGUUCUCUGAAGCAGCUGAGGGUGUGAAAGAACUUAACAAGGAGAUGAGCCUCUUAGCUUCGGAGCAGCUGUCCCAGGGCAGGAGUCAGGUUCCUGGGCCCCGGAGUGAACCGCUUAAGAGAGCGGCAGGUGAUGGCAAGAGCAGGAAGGGAAGGGGGAGUUCUGGGAAGGCAAAAGCAAGGGCUGAGCUUCCAGACAGCCAGGAGGACGGCAGAGCUGCCCUCCAGCCAGGUGAGCCAGCCCCUGGGACAGACAGAACAGUUGCUGGGGCUGCGAGGGAGGAGCUGAGGCUGCAUUCUUCCAAGCAGCCGGGGAGCACGGCUGCUCUCCCUGAGGCAGUGGCCAGGGGGACCCCUAAGGAGACGGACCCUGAGGCAGUGGUCAAGGGGGGGCCUACAGAGACGGACCCUGAGGCAGUGGCCAAGGGGACCCCUAAGGAGACGGACCCUGAGGCAGUGGCCAAGGGGGGGCCUACGGAGACGGACCCUGAGGCAGUGGUCAAGGGGACCCCUAAGGGGUCAGAUCCUAAGGCAGUGGUCAAGGGGACCCCUAAGGAGACGGACCAUAAGGCAGUGGUCAAGGGGACCCCUAAGGAGACGGACCCUGAGGCAGUGGUCAAGGGGACCCCUAAGGAGACGGACCCUGAGGCAGUGGCCAAGGGGACCCCUAAGGAGACGGACCCUGAGGCAGUGGCCAAGGGGACCCCUAAGGAGACGGACCCUGAGGCAGUGGCCAAGGGGACUCCUAAGGAGACGGACCCUAGCGCAGCAAGCGCUUUGCAGAUGCUGAUUCCUUUGGAAACUAGGUCAGGCAUGCCUCCGCCUUCCGGUGCUGCGGCAGACAGGGGAGCUGUGGCCAUCAGUCUGGGUGUCAGUAACCAGAGCAAAGAAGGAAAGUGUCCGUGGAUGGAUAGCGAGGCAGCUCCCAGGGUUUCUGAAAAGCCUAAAAAAAGAAGCAGUGAAGGCAAAAACAAGAAGUUUAAAAGUAAUUAUUCUGCACAGCUCGCGAGUGGGGAGAGCAAGGAGGAAGCCCUCAGCCCACCUCUCCCAGGGAGGGAGGGAGGUGCUGGCAGUGCUCCCCCCACGAGUCCCGGGCCUCUGAGCUCACAGACCGUGAAGGCGCCCACAGUGGAGGGAGGUGGCCCACAGGGCAGACAUACCGAGGCUCAUUCUUUUGAGCUCGGGGCGCUUGGUGGGAACAAAACACACACAGUUAAGGAUUCUGCUGUCACCGAAGCAGCUACCGUGAUAACAGCUGUGAGCGGCCCCGGCCAAAGCCAGGGGGCAGGGCUGGUUCCCUCAGAGGCCACCCAGGGGCGCCCUGCAGGGAGGGACAGCCCCGGGGAAAGGAGUGGCGAUGGGAAAAGCAGACGGGGUGAAAGUAGCUCUUCUGAGGGGUGCGCUGAUGCAACAAAAAGACACGUCCCCAGCGGAGCCGCAGGGGACCACAGGGUGGAGGGAAGGGGCCACGCGGGUGAGGACAGGAACGUUACCUGUACCGGCCCCCGAGCGCCCUCAGAGGGCGGGAGCAGGCCAGCCCCUCCCCAGGCUCUGGACUCUACAGCCCCUCGCCCUCGGUUAGAAAAGGGAGGCGAGUCUUUUACCAGCCCCUUGGCAGGAAGUAGGCAAGAGACAGCUCUGGCCCCGGCCUCCGAAUUAGUGGGGGGUCAUUGCAGCAAAGAUGGGGUCCCAGAGCAGGCAAGAGCCAAGGCCGCCCCCGCUGCCCUGCCCCCGUCAGCCGCAGAAGCAGGGCCGCGCCCUGGGGACGGCUGUCCUGAGAAGAGAGGGGAGCUCGCUGGUGCUGGUCCCCGGGAAAGCGAAGCAGGGGGAGAGUCGGAGUCAGUGCCCAGGGGGGCAGCUAAGCAUCCAGGAGAGAGAACCACAGAACCAGCCAUGGGCCACCAGCCUGCGGUGCCCACGGAAGGCCAGCGCCCGGCCCGCAAGCUCGGAGGCCUCGGGGUGCGUGCCGGUGGGAGCCACGUUCCAGCGUCUGCAGUGGACACACAGAGAGAGGCUGCGGAGGGCUCUGCUUCCUGUCACACUCCCCCCUUCCCGGGAGACAAAGCACAAAAGGCCCCUUUCUGUGAGGACCAGAAUGCCGAAGGCAGUUUGAAUAAGAAGGUGGAUAAGACUCUUUUGACUCCAAACAGUGAAAAGAAUGCGUUGGAAGGAAUUGGCCUGGCUUCGGAAAUGGCGACAUUAGCAGAUGCGGCCGCGCCAGCGCCAGUGCCAGCACCAGCACCAGCGCCAGCACCAGCACCAGCACUCCAGUCAGGCUGCUCGGCCGGCCAGGCAGGGGGUGAGGCCGAAGUGACUGCUUGCCAGGGCCUCCAGCUCCCACAACCCGAAGAGGCAGCCCCGGAGGCCCCCGAGAGCGCGGCAGCGCAGGCUGAGCCCGCGGCUCCGGGGGCCGGGAAGACGGGAGGAAGGAGAGUGGCGGAGCCGCUGAAAGGCUACAUGAGACCCACCAAGGCCCGCGGACUUGCUCCGCCUUCGCCAAAGGAGCAGGAGAGACCCAGGCCCGCCCCGGCCCGCGGAGUACCCCGGCCAGAAGGACCAGCCGCUGCGAGCACGACCGGAAAUGACAUCACGGCCCCUCCAAACAAGGAGCUCCCGCCCAGCCCCGAGAAGAAAGCCAAGCCUUCGGCCACAACUCAUCCUGCAAAGACUUCGACACCGAAAGCCAAAACUCAGCCCACUUCUCUCCCUAAGCAACCAGUGCCCGCCACCGUGGGUGGGCUGGCCAAAAAGCCCAUGAGCCCCGCCUCGGGCUCGGGGCCCGCUGCCCCGCCCAAACGCCCUGCGGCCACCACCGCCAGGCUGUCUGCCUCGCCUGCCAAGGACGCCAGGCCCAAGCCUGUUGCAGAGGCAAAGGCUCCCGAGAAGAAGGCCACACCGUCCAAGCCCACCUCGGCCUCGGCCUCCAGGCCCGGCUCCAGGAGCACCCAGGCGGCUCCAAAGGCCCCCGCAGCCGCCUCUGUGGCCUCAACUGGGCCGAGCAGCAGGAGCGCCCCCGUGCCCCUGCCCAGGAGGCCCGCCGGCACCAAGACUGAGGGCAAGUCUGCAGACGUCAAGAAGAUGGUGACAAAGUCUGCGCCAGCUGACCUGAGUCGCGCCAAGAGCAGCUCCAGCAGCACCUCGAAGAGGAUCGCCGCUGGCCCCGGGGCGGCCUCCCCGGCAGGCUCGGCUCCCGGUCGUGUCAGGCCCACGCCCGUGUCUCCCCGGCCCUCUGGGACUCUUGCCGCCGACAAGAAGCCCACGUCAGCCAGGCCCAGCUCGUCGGCCCCCAGGCUGAGCCGCCCGGCGGCCGGCGCAUCCAUCCCUGAUCUGAAGAACGUCCGCGCCAAGGUCGGCUCCACGGAGAACAUGAAGCAUCAGCCCGGAGGAGGCCGGGCCAAAGUAGAGGAGAGAGCAGAGGCAGCAGCUGCAGCUCGAAAGCCUGACCCUCACUCGGCCACUAAGCCUGCUGGCCCCGGCGUGAGUGCACAGAGGGCACCUGCGGGCAAAGUCCAGAUAGUCUCCAAAAAACUGAGCUACAGCCAUGUUCAGUCCAAGUGCGGCUCCAAGGACAAUAUUAAGCAUGUCCCUGGAGGCGGCAACGUUCAGAUUCAGAGCAAGAAGGUGGACAUCUCCAAGGUCUCCUCCAAGUGUGGGUCCAAGGCCAACAUCAAGCACAAGCCCGGCGGAGGGGAUGUCAAGAUUGAAAGCCAGAAGCUGAACUUCAAGGAGAAGGCCCAGGCCAAGGUGGGGUCCCUGGACAACGUGGGCCACCUGCCUGCGGGCGGGGCCGUGAAGACUGAGGGUGGCGGCAGCGAGGCCCCUCCGAGCCCGGGCCCCCCCGAGGGGGCAGAGCCGGCUGUGCCCGAGGCCACGCCCGAAGCUGGCGCCCCCACUCCAGCCAAUGGCCUCAGUGGCCACACCGCCCUGGCAGGGGGUGGUGACCAAAGGGAGGCGCAGACCUUGGACUGCCAGAUCCAGGAGACAAGCAUCUAA